AUGAGAGUGGAAGUAGCGAAGGUGAUAUUCUUCGUCGACAGUAUGAUUGCGUUCCACUGGAUCAAAUCUCCUGCUAGAGGCUUCAAAGCAUUUGUGUCCAGCAGAGUGGGAGAAAUUCAAGGUCUAACAGAUCCUUGGAACUAUUUAGGAACUAUGAAUGCUGCUGAUGAUGUAUCCAGAGGAGUAGCGGCCGAGAAACUGGCAGAAGUAUGGAAGCAGGGUCCUAGCUUUCUCUACACUGACGAAGCAGAAUGGCCAGUAGAUGAGCCUGAAGCAGAUCAGCGGUCUGUUGAGGUAGAGAAGAAGAAAUCGCCAGCCGUGCUUACAGUGUAUGAGACAAGCGAUGUGAUAGAUUGCACACGGUUUUCCAGUUGGAGGAAAUUACUGAGAGUGACAGCUUACGUGAUGAGAUUCGUAGGCAUGCUGAAGUCCAGAAUCCAGAAGGGGUCUCCACCCGACGACAAAACGGCUGUAACCACUAUCGAGUUAAAGAGAGCUGAAAUGUACUGGAUAAAGGUAGUACAGGGGAGGAUCAAGCCACGCUUCAAGAGGGGGGACUUCAAGGUGCUCACUCCUUUCAUCGACGAGGAAGGAGUGAUCAGAGUUGGAGGUAGAGUGGGAAACAUGGUCACAUCAUACGAGUCUAAGCAUCCCAUCCUGCUCCCAUUUGACCAUGGCAUAUCACUGCUGAUUACUCGAUACACGCACGAAGCGGGUCAUCAUGGUGUAGCAGCGACGACGGCCAAGACACGGAGGAGGUUCUGGAUCUUGAAGGGGCACCGGCUUGCUAAGUCUGUAAAGCACCGUUGUGUGGUAUGCAGAGCAGCUGCAUGCCAGGGAGAGACGCAGAUGAUGGCCAGCUUGCCCAGUAGCAGAGUAGCUCCGUUCACGCCGCUAUUCCACUUCACGUCGUGUGACUACUUCGGCCCAUAUCAAGUGAAAGUGGGUCGAAACAAGAAAUCGAAGUACUAUGGUGUGAUAUUUACCUGUUUGAACACCAGAGCUGUUCAUCUUGAGCUUGCAGUAGACUGUUCAACACAGGAGUUUCUGCAGGUUCUCCGGAGGUUUUUCGCGCUUCGAGGCCAUCCGAAGGUCGUCAUGAGCGAUAACGGUACUCAGUUCGCUCCCACUUCGCAACCCACCUCAGUUCGUGGGUGCCCAGCGUAA